AUGAAAUAUGGGGUGGGUGGGGGAGAGGUGGGGUUGGGGGUGGUGGUGGUGGAACAACACCUGGUGAGCCAGAGAUACGCUCUUACGCGCCUCCACCACCUGUACGCCCUUGACCCAGCCCACCUAGCACGCCUACACACGCCCACCGACGUAUGCCACGUACGUAAGGACAUUUGCAUAGCACCCGCAAGUCACGCAUCAGUUCUAUGGGCGCGGGAUCUGGUGGGUGUGGGCGUAGCAGCUCUGGAGCAGGGAAUGUAUGGGCGUGCAAGUGAGUGGUUCACAGCAGCUCGUGAUGUGACUCACCACCACAAGACAGGUACUGAACAAGAUCAAGCAUUGAGAGAGAAGAAACAGAGGCAGAUUCAUCACCUUCAUAUACUGCUUAACCUCACCUUAGCUGCUACGGCGCAGGAGGCCUUGGAGGAGGAGGUAACGGAGGUUGAAAAGUCUGACAGUCUUCCCGCAACAACCAAGGAUCACCAUGCCACAACCCGCCUGUGCCGCGGACAUACAAUCUCGGACGCGGGGAGCAGACUGAGGUGUCGCGUGAAUGCUCGUGGCAGCAGCUGGCUGACGCUGAUGCCCGUCAAGAUGGAGGAGCACAGUCUUGAUCCUCUCAUUCUCUCCUUCCAUGACGUGUUAUCUCCCCACCAGCUGGCCGUCCUCCGCCACCUGGCUACACCCAUGCUACAGGAAGCGGUGAUACAAGGGAUGGAAACAGAAGUAACCCACAACUACAGAUCAUCGUACACCUCCUGGCUACACCACCACAUACACCCGGUCGUUGCCGCUGCCAACCGCAUGAUUGCUGCUCUCACAGGUCUGGAGGUGGACGAGAGUAAGGAUGAAGCUGAAAGACUUCAGAUCAACCUGUAUGCUGCAGGUGGUCACUAUGUUCCUCAUAUGGAUUUCAUGGCCCUCUACCGCACCUUGUGGGAAGCUGAUGAACCAGACCAGAAGGUGAUGAAACAGUUCCCUAGUGGAGACCGCAUUGCCACCUUCAUGUUCUAUAUGAGUGAUGUGGAGGAGGGUGGAUGGACGGUAUUCCCUCGCUUGGGUGUGGGUGUCAAACCCCGACAGGGAAGUGCUGUGUUUUGGUACAACCUGCUGCCAUCAGGGAAGGGUGACCCCCGCACCCUACACUCUGCUUGCCCUGUUCUACGUGGUUCCAAGUGGGUGAGUAACAAGUGGAUUAAAUACUAUCCACAACUGCACCAUAAACCAUGUCUACCUUUGGUAAAAUAACCAUUUUCAGAAAAAAAUCAGGACUUUAAGUAUACCCAUGACAUUAAGGUUUUUAUUUGACAAUGACUGUAUUAAAUUGUUGGGGAGGCAGACACCGGAAGUAAACUUUUUAACAAACUAACCUAUUGCACCAAAGAUUCAAGAAUUCAAGACUAUAGGAUAUGGUAAGGAGGGAGAAUGGAGGAGGAAUAGUAAAGGAGACAGCUUGAAAAAAAGGUAUGGGAUAAAGAGGAAGAUGAGGGAAACAAAAGCACAGCAACCCUUCUACUUUGAUAUUAAAGUGUAAAUGGAUGUAUGUAAAAGAGAGAUUGGAAAGCUAAGAUAUAUAACAUGUCCCACAGCAUACACAAUAAAAAAAAAAAAAAAAAAAAAAAAAUAUGAGCAGAUGAACAGCAGCCUUUUUUUUAUUAUCCAAUAUACACUUCACGAGUAUACAUGGUGGUGAAAACGAAUGACAGGAGGCACAGUGACAGGCACAUUGGAUCUUGCAAGUGGGGAGGAGUCCAUUGGUCUUCUCAAUUGUGAAACUUGGUGACCAUAACAGCUGACUGGAUCAUCAACCGACUGGGACAAGGAAUUGCCCAGUCAGGUUGUAUCUCCCUUAUCACUGUGGUUGGAUGGAAAGGCAUUGAUGGGUGCAGUGUUGGGAAAAUAUUCCCAUAACUGGAUUGUCAACUGACUGGGAUGAGGAACUGACUAGUUAGGUAGUAUCCUCCCUACCACUGUUAUGGGAUGGAAAAUCAUUAAAUAAAUAGUGUUGGAAAAAUAUCCCCAUAGUGAUGAACAUUAUAGCAGUGUAUGUUAAAUUUAAGUAUAAGUGAGUUCGGGUGGUACCCAAAUUGUAAAAUAUUGAAUGA